CACUUUUCUGCGUUAACGUGUUGUUUACGUUUUGUGUUGCACGUGUUUUAACUAUAUUAUUAUUAUAUAUAAAACAAGCGUGUGCCAAAUGAGUUCUAGCAAGAUACCGCCGUUGACCUACAAGGUUGUGGCCGAGUGCUCCGUGUCCAAGGCGCGCGCCGGCUUUAUGACGCUGAGGCAUAGUGAAGUGCGUACACCUGUAUUUAUGCCCGUGGGCACACAGGGCACUUUGAAGGGCGUGCUGCCGGACCAGUUGAUCGAGCUGGACUGCCAAAUUCUGUUGGGCAACACCUAUCAUCUGGGCCUGCGACCCGGCAUUGAGACCCUGAAGCUCGCCGGCGGGCUGCACAACUUCAUGGGCUGGCCACGAGCCAUACUGACAGACUCGGGUGGCUUUCAGAUGGUCUCGCUGCUGCAGCUGGCCGAGAUUGAUGAGCGCGGCGUCAACUUUCGCUCGCCGUUCGACAACAGCGAGUGCAUGCUGACGCCGGAGCACUCCAUGCAGAUACAGAACGCCAUCGGGGCGGACAUAAUGAUGCAGCUAGACGAUGUGGUGAAGACGACAACGACGGGUCCGCGCGUCGAGGAGGCCAUGGAGCGCACCAUUCGCUGGGUGGAUCGCUGCAUUGAGGCGCAUGUCCGCGACGAUGAUCAAUCCCUCUUUCCGAUUGUCCAGGGCGGCCUGGAUGUACCGUUGCGCGAGCGUUGCGUGAGCGCACUAAUGGAGCGUCAGGUGCGCGGAUUUGCCGUUGGCGGCCUGAGCGGGGGUGAGAGCAAGCAUGACUUUUGGCGCAUGGUGCACGUGUGCACGGAUCGACUGCCGCGCGACAAGCCGCGUUAUCUAAUGGGCGUGGGCUUUGCCGCCGACCUGGUCGUAUGUGUGGCCCUGGGCAUCGACAUGUUCGACUGUGUCUUUCCCACGCGCACAGCCCGCUUCGGCUGCGCUCUGGUGGACAGUGGCCAGAUAAACCUGAAGCAGCAGAAGUACAAGCACGACAUGCAGCCCAUUGACGAGGCGUGCGGGUGCAGCACCUGCAAGCGCUACACACGCUCCUACCUGCAUCACAUUGCCACAAGCGAGACCGUCUCCUGCUCACUGCUCAGCGUCCACAAUGUGGCCUAUCAGCUGCGCCUGAUGCGCUCCAUGCGGGAGGCUAUUCAACGCGACGAGUUCCCACAGUUUGUUCGUGAUUUUAUGGCGUGUCACUUUGGACGCGAUCCAAUACCCGGCUGGAUACGUGAGGCUUUGGCAGCGGUGAAAAUCGAACUGCCGCCCGAUGCAGCAGAGGAGCAAGCGGCGAGCAGUUGAUGACAAAUUAACUUAUUGUGUAUG